AUGGCCCUUGGACACAGAUACAAAACCCGACGACGUCCCGUCAAUGCUACUAUCCAAGACCGCCCUUCAUCUCCUCAGGCGUUGACCGCCCGCUUAGUGACCAGAGCCGAGACUAGGAAACUCAUUGUUGAACCCGAGCCCCCACAAGAACAACCACAGGGAGAUUCACCAUCCGCAAUUAUACCCGCUACUACUUCAGGAGAGCAGGCUGCCACUUCACAGAUUCGGAAAGACCUAGAAGCAAAAUAUCAUCCAGACAAGACGCAGCGACGACAAGACGUGCCAGUACUCAAGCUAACUACGCGAAACUUGAAGACGCUCCAAAGGCAACUGAAUAGUCCAUCUACCGAAAUGAGCCCGUCCUCCGCCGCUAGAGGUGGUCAGCGAGGUGGCGGCAAGCGAGGUGGCAAGCGAGGUGGAAAGAGUGGCGCACGGACGACGAGGACCGGAGUCACUCCAGAUCUGCCUGAAGAAUGGACGGCAGAAACUACCACUACAUGGAUGUCCCCCGCUCGUUACCGUUAUGGGGUACUCAAUCAAGUCAACAUUUUCAUACAGCGCAUGGCGCCUCCGGCGGAUAUCCAGUCCAAGCUGGCAGCUAUCCUCAAUCGUGAAAUAUCCAAUGAAAGGAUGAGUGAAAUAUCCAAUAUCGCUAAGCACAUGUUGCAGGCGUUUGCUAGGGUCGUUCAAGCAAAUCACCGAGAAGAUGACUGGAAUGAGGUUGUUAUUUCAGCUCUCAUGGCAAUGGAUACGAGUUCGGAAUUUGGAUUUGCGAGAAAGGCCGGUAUAGUACUCUCUAACACUCUAACUGAGAACAUGGUCCGCGUGUUAACUUUUGACCUAGAUUUUAACCCGAACUUGAAGCCCAAGCUUCCGUCAUUACUACCUGUGAACAACGAAGCUGACAACACCAGCGAUAGGCCGACAAAGCGACGACGGGUCAAAACACCCUCCGGCUCAUCUUCAGAUACACCACGAACUGAAGCAAUGGAAUCGGCACUCGAAGAAUCCGUCGUCGUUAUCAAGACUCCUCGACCUGAUUGCACUAUUGGUCUUGCAUAUGAUACGGUAGCUCACGCAUUGUUGGACCAUAGAAUCGACCGGUUGCAGGUGAAUAGCCUUCUGAGAAGAUUGGAAUCCGAACAUAUCCUUUACUCCAACCCCGUCGGGGAUAUGGCCCUCCUUCGAUUUCCCACCCUAGUGAUUGAAGGAAAGGCAUAUAGUACUGGGCAGAGUAUUUUCGAAGCCGAGAAUCAAGCUGCGGGGGCCGCGAGUUGCAUGAUCAACCUCUACCAACAGCUUACGGACGUCCACAAUUGCUACGCGCCCAACUCUCCUCGCGAAAAGAUCGCGCCUCUCGCCUUCUCCAUAACGUUAUGUGGGCCGACCAUUGAAGUUUCGGUUCAUUAUACUGUUGUGGAGAACAAUGUCACCGCAUAUCAUAUGAGUGUCUUGGGUUUGUACUGCGCAACUGUGCUCGAGCACCUGGAAACACUCGUUAUGGUUUUAGAGCAAAUCAUGCGCUGGAACAAGGAGGACGUUUUGCCCGAGAUAGCGAGUCAGUUGGCUGCGAUUGCAAAGGGCCGGUAA